AUGGGUCAAGAACAAUCACUCGCACAGGCCAGCGUUGCGCCAGUGAGGCACUAUCAAGAUAAUUACGCAAACAGAAUUCAUAGAGCAUCAUCCGUUGACCUACCAACCGACUACCAUAAAGACUACCGCAAGUUACGAAGAAGCACGGACAGUUACAAGAGCGACAAUUCUUCAACAGAAAGCAGCGGGUACAGAAGCGGUUCGAGUGCUUAUGAUCGGCGUUCAGACAGAUCAUCCAAAGCCAACUAUUACUGCAUACCACUGUAUAAAAACGAUCACUACAAAGAGAUCAAUAAAGAACUCUACAGGCAAGUCAAGAUCCCGAAAGAUAAGCGCCAUAAGCUUCAACCUUUCAAUGAUAACGAAAUAAAAAGCGAACGCAUCAAAAGUUACCUUAGCGAUACAGAAAAGGCUAAAUUAAAGCCGGCCCCAACGCCUAAGAAGGCGGGAAUACGAAAUUAUACACCUAAAAUUAUAUCUGCUGAGGAGCAGACGAAGAAAGAUAGUUGGAUAUAA